UUCAGCUCUGCAUCACUGGGCGGGGCCGCGGAGGGUCGGACUGCCAGGCGUUGGGCACUUCCGCCGGGCUCGGGUUUCCUUCGACUCGGCAUUUAAAUUGAGCUGCAGGACAUCAGCUGCGGCUACAUUCAGCGCCGUGCUGUGACAGAAAAUAACCCGCAGCAUUAGCAAAACAGGCUACUCUUAUUUUUUUACACGAAAUAGACAGAAAUACCUGAUGGUCUGAGGAGGUUUGGGGUGUUUUGUGUGAAGAAGAGCGGGAGAGGUUGAACAAUAACGGAGGCUGUGCUCUGACAGCAGCUCGGUGCAUAAUUGUUGGGAUUCCUCUGCUAGCUGUUGGACGAAAUUGAAUAGCGGUAACGGGAUGCUAUGCAUGAGCGGAAUUAUUUAGGCUUUUUUGAGCAGUGUUUGUGUUCUAAAAGAGAUUGGUAAACAAAAGCAAAGUUAUUGAAUGCAGUGGGUUUUUUUUGGCCCAGGAGCAAAAGUGGCCUGGACUUGGAUGACCCAUGGACCUGAUGAUGAGAGUGCAUUUGAUGAUUAAGGUUUAAAUUCUGAAAAAUAUAUAUUUUUUCAAUAUAUUGUAUAUUUUCUUAUCAGUUGAAGACAUUUACCCGUGCAAAAUACAGGCCUGAAAUAAAUAACCUUCAACUGGGGUGGCUCAAUAUUAUCAAUAACAACAGUCACCACCCAUUAUUUCAUCUAUACAUUUAUUCUUCUUCUUUUUGGAGACAUUUCCUGUAGAAUAUAACCAGGAAAACAAUUAUUGUUUGUGUUUAUGUCACGAUUAAUUAUUUCUGUUUAUUUUUUGACUCUCAACUAGGUUAGAUCUUAGCUUCACUUUCUUUUUGUUUUAUUUGUAAGGAAAUCUCUACCCUUAAGAAGAGUGUUUGAUCCCUCAAGGACAUUUGACAUUUGUAGAUCUGUCAGGUUAAACCUAUAACCUGUCAGUCAACAAGAAAAUAAUCUGACACGAGUGACCAACAGCAUCUUUGACCAGUUCAGCAGCCAUGUUCAGCUGGCUUGGGAGCGACGACAGGAGGAAGAAGGAUCCAGAAGUCUUUCAGACCGUGGGUGAUGGACUGAAGAAGCUCUACAGAACCAAACUCCUGCCGCUGGAGGAGGCUUACAAGUUUCACGAGUUCCACUCCCCGGCCCUGGAGGAUGCAGACUUUGACAACAAGCCUAUGGUCCUACUGGUGGGACAGUACUCCACCGGCAAGACAAGCUUCAUACGCUACCUGUUGGAGCAGGAUUUCCCCGGUAUGCGUAUCGGCCCAGAACCCACCACAGAUUCCUUCAUCGCGGUGAUGCACGGCGACAACGAAGGAGUCAUCCCGGGAAACGCUUUGGUGGUUGACCCCAAGAAGCCCUUCAGAAAGCUCAACGCAUUUGGAAACGCAUUCCUCAACAGUAUCAACAUUAUAGGUAAUCUAUGCAAUGUUACUGUUUGGUUAACAUGGACACUGUACUUUCUUACCUUUUCUUUUGCCAGGGUCGUGCUGAACAAGGCUGACCAGAUAGAGACACAGCAGUUGAUGAGAGUGUAUGGAGCCCUAAUGUGGUCACUGGGGAAAAUAGUCAACACCCCUGAGGUGAUCCGCGUCUACAUCGGGUCAUUUUGGUCCCAUCCUCUGUUGAUCCCAGACAACAGGAAGCUGUUCGAAGCAGAAGAGCAGGACUUAUUUAAAGACAUUCAGUCUUUACCGAGAAAUGCAGCGCUUAGAAAACUCAACGAUCUGAUCAAGAGGGCAAGACUAGCCAAGGUCCAUGCCUACAUCAUCAGCGCUCUGAAGAAAGACAUGCCCGCUGUGUUCGGAAAGGAGAACAAGAAGAAGGAACUGAUUGGCAGUCUGGGAGAUAUUUACAAACGCAUUGAAAGAGAGCAUCAGAUAUCACCGGGAGAUUUCCCUAAUCUGAAGAAGAUGCAGGACCUACUCCAAUCUCAGGAUCUCAACAAAUUCCAGCCUCUGAAACCCAAACUCCUGGAGGCAGUGGACGACAUGCUGAGCCACGACAUCGCCGGCUUAAUGGUUCUGGUCCGCCAGGAAGAAAACCAGCGUCCCAAACCCGUUGUGAAAGGUGGAGCGUUUGACGGCACUUUGGACGGCCCGUUUGGCCACGGGUACGGAGAAGGCGCCGGCGAAGGCAUCGACGACGCAGAGUGGGUGGUCGUACGAGACAAACCCGCCUACGACGAGAUCUUCUACACGUUGUCUCCCGUCAAUGGAAAGGUGACAGGUGCCAACGCCAAGAGGGAGAUGGUGAAGUCAAAACUGCCCAACACGGUGCUGGGAAAGAUCUGGAAGCUGGCAGACAUCGAUAAGGACGGGAUGCUUGACGAUGAGGAGUUUGCGUUGGCCAAUCACCUGAUCAAAGUGAAACUGGAGGGACACGAACUGCCAUCGGACCUGCCCGCACACCUGGUGCCGCCCUCCAAGAGGAAAAUAUCUGAGUAAAUGUAUGAUUACAUCAUUCCCUGCCCCAAUAACCUGUAAGUAGACCCAUCCCCUCCACCCAGAGAAAAGUAUCAAAGUAGAAUAGAAAUAUUCCUGUAGCAUUAUAGCAAAAAAAAUUUAACAAAAUUAAACCACGUUUCCAACUCACAAUGUUGCUCUGCUGCUGCCAUACAUGGGCAGACUUUCAUUAGCUUCAAGAGGCAAAUAAUAAAGCUAAAUAUUCAGUUACAUUCAAAUAAUGAACAUGAAUGCUAAUCAGCUGUUAGCAUGUGAAUUCAAAUGCUACAUGUCUGCAGUGUUGCAAUAGCUUUUACCAUGGUAGAAAAACUGGAUGGUAAUGAGUUCUCCCAUUUAAGUAUUUGGCUUUUAAGGGUGAGAUAUCUGGAACUGAUAGGCAGGACAGGUGUUCGAGUGAGAGCAAAGCUAGAAAAAGAUAUGAAAGGAUAUUAAAAGUCUAAAGUAAGAAACACUGGAAUACAACUUAAUGUAAGGUAAUCCAAACUACUGGAAGAAAAUGGGAGAAAUACGCAACAAUGUGAAGACGAAAAGAGAGUUGGAAGGAUCAUUCCACGGCAUGUAAAAAUGCAAAUUAUUAUUGUAUGUAUGGUAAUGAAUACAGAUAACUCAUGUUUGACUGCAAAGUUAAAGUUCCCUUAUCUCGUGGUAUUGUUCAGUCUUGAGGUGCGGCUGAGUUUUCUGGCUUUUGUUUCAUGGCGCAGAUUAAAAAGGCUCCAAGGAAUAUCUGGCAAUUGCUCGAGAUACACAAAUGUGUAGAAGCACACACACGGAAAAAUAACACAAUUCUUAUGAAUUGUGUCCAGAGCAGGGAAAAGUACCUACAAACAUUUGUUUUGUUAUUUUAAAUGUGAUAUGCAGAUGUUGAUAUUUGUGUAAACCAUUUUACUGUAGCACAUAGAUUUAUUUUUCUUCUAAUGGGGACAAAAACUAAGGAUAACCGGUAGUUUGUUUCUUUUAUGAUUUUAGAUCUAAAUAUGAACAUGUUUGGAAUACUGUGACUAUAACAUGGAACUAUAUAAUGGGUAUUGUUUCAAGUAUUCAGACAUACUCAGUCAAAUGUUAUUGUAAGGACUUUGAAUGUUGAAUGUGAAGGCGUUCUUGGUUCUGUGUGGGCACAUCCUGAGUGACUAUUGAAUGACCACAUGUAUCACUGUCAUCAUUUGUAACGUAUAUGUAUUAAGCAUUUCACAGGUUAUUGAGCUGUGAGUGGAUUGUUGAUUGAAAAUGGACGAAUAUGUUAUUUUUCACAUUGUUAAAGUAAACUAUUAUAAAGAGAGAAAAAACACUACUUUAAAUGUUUUAAAAUGAAAUUUGGCUUUUCAUUUCAUAUCCAAAUUGUAUACAUCUAAUUGGAUUUACUGUAUGCCAGUAUGUAUGCAAAAUUACUAACAUUAGGAUCUUGUUUGUGGUUAAUCAUAACAUUAGACCAACUAAACUUGGGUUCCCAUAUAAUAAGAAAUAAUCACUUUGUGUUUUACGAGUGAGUUUGAGUUCCAGAAUUACUUCUGUGCCCCUCCCUCUCCGUGUGUCUCUGUGCCGUUACUGUGAAUCUACUGUACAUAAUAAGGCUGUUUGCAUUCCAUGAACACAGAUUGAGGAACAUAAUCCUCAUCAUCUCGAGUGCUUUAUGUACUUGCUCAGAUCAACAGAGUAAAUAUAAAAAAGGGUUAUUGUUGAAUGUGGAUUCUCUGCAUGACAAAGUCCUUGAAAUUCACAAGUUGUUUUCAUACCCUGACAGAUUGCAACAUGAAGUCUGUGUACUGGUAAAUACACUAAGUGGAGACAAAGGGGUUAGUUUUUUUUCAGUUUUAAGAUGGGUAUGCAUUUGCUAAAUCUGUACUUCACUGCUUUUCUGUACAUGAACAGUCCAAAAAUGUAAUAAAAUUCAUUUACUCAA